CUUUGUAGAGCGAUGGCGAAGUCUCCAUUUCCAGAAAUAUUCACUAACGUAACGCUUCAUGUAAACCCAUCAACAUUUUUGGAGCCAUCAAAGCUUCAAAGAGAGCUUCAGAAGGACAUAAAUUGGACUGGAAGUUCAAUCAGUGGAAGUUUUACAGGUGUUGAGAAGAUGUUUGUAAAGUUAUCAGGAAUGGAGAGGACAACGGGCCAACAUGGAGCACACAAAGAAGCAUAUGAAACUAGUCCACACACCUCUGCAGGAUUACAACGAUCUCCACGUAAAACAGUGGAACCAGUUGAGGUUGAUGACUUUAUCAUGGCUUACAUCAAAGACAAAUGCUCUAGGGAACUUGAACGAAUAAGACAAACUGGAGUCCACAUGGAAUUCGGUAGAAAGCAGGUGACGUUUCGUGAACAAGAUCCAACCCAGGGUACUGAUCAGGCUCAUCUGGUCAGAGAGCGCUUCAUUACGUUCUAUCAGAAGAUCGCGACAAGAUUGCAAACCAAGACGUUCGAUUUAGACGCAACCCAAAGGCAGAGAUUACACGAGUUUCCAGAGCUUCUAAUCACAGACCGAGGAAACUAUACAGUAACACUGACCGGGAGCUACUUAAGUCUUGAUAGAUUUGAGCAGCUUCUAAGAAGUCCACCUAAUAAGUCUCCUCCAAAACAAAUCAACCACACAGAACAUUCUAGCACCCAGUCGUCAAGUUCAUCAGCACUAAAUAAACCCAGUGACCCAGAGGAAACGUGCUGCAUUUGUUUGGAACCCAUGGUGAAGUCGCGAAGUACGACUCUGGAGAAAUGUAAGCACUCGUUCUGUAAGGAUUGCUUAAAGCAGGCGUUUGAAAUCAAACCCGUCUGUCCGACAUGUGGAGUGAUAUACGGUGCACUAAAAGGGACCCAACCUGAAGGGGGGAAGAUGAAAAUAACCUAUGAGAAUGAUUAUUUACCGGGUUAUAAAAGCUAUACCACAGUCGUCAUUCACUACGUCAUUCCAAGUGGAAUCCAGGGGGACGAGCACCCAAAUCCAGGCAAGCCAUACCAGGGCGCUACACGACUAGCCUACCUGCCAGACUGUCCAGAGGGAAGAAAAGUUCUAAAGCUACUCCAGCGAGCCUUCGACCAAAGGUUGAUCUUUACCAUUGGGCGCUCUUCGACCUCUGGCUUGAACAAUGUGGUCACGUGGAACGACAUUCAUCACAAGACGUCCCGUACUGGUGGGCCUACUGCAUAUGGAUACCCAGAUCCUGACUAUCUGAAACGGGUUCAAGAGGAGCUGAAAGUCAAAGGAAUUGUUUGAUAUGUUCUUGAUAUGCUACAUUCACUGAAUUUUA